AUGAAUUCUUUGAUCUUUGGUAAACGAUUAACACUUCACAAAAUUGUGCCUGCCAAUGUAAUUGGAUGGUUAACGCCGUUGGGGAAUCCUUCACUGCUGGCUCCAGGCCAAAAACAACUGGGAUCUAUCAAUCGUUGGUUGAAAGAAAAGCUCCAAGGAGAUCAUAACGAAACUGAAAAUGAAGAUUUUUUCUCCAGUAAUGGUAUACUACUAGCAGUCCCUAAAAAAAAAGUAUCACACCAAAAAAAAAGGCAAAAACUUUAUGGCCCGGGCAAGAAGCAAUUGAAGAUGAUUCAUCACUUAAAUAAAUGUCCAUCAUGUGGCCAUUAUAAGAGAGCCAAUACACUAUGCAUGUAUUGUGUUGGACAAAUACGUCAUAUAUGGAAGACGCAUACCGCUAAAGAAGAAAUUAAGCUGAGACAAGAGGAAGAACUUUCUGAAGUAGACCAAAGGGUCUUAUACCCUGGUAAAAGAGAUACUAAGUAUACCAAGGAUUUGAAAGAUAAAGAUAACUACUUGGAACGUCGCGCUCGGACUUUAAAGAAGGAGUAG